UCUGACACCAAGCAGUUCUUCUUAGACGGCAACCUGCACCCCUGCAACAUCCUAAUGUGUCCCCAUACGUGUGUCACCAAUCUGCCAAAGCCCCGCCAGAAGCAGCCUGUCGGUGUCGGUCCUGCAUCCGUGAUGGUGGGCAACCUGGUGGCAGGGAAGAGGAUUGCCCAGGCUGCAGGCAGGGACCUCGGCAUGAUCGAAGACCAGGAUCUCGUCCGGAAGCAUCAGUAUUUGGCAGAGGCUCUACACUGGAGGGCUCAGACCGACCCCGAUCAUGUCCUCUUCGUUCUACUUAAUGCCAAGGGUGUAGCAGUGAGCACAGCGACCUGUGUUCAGCUUCACAAGCGGGCGGAGAAGAUAGCUGCAGCGCUCACUGAGAAAGGCAGCAUCAACACGGGAGAGAACGUAGUGCUGCUCUAUCCUCCUGGCAUCGAUUUGAUAGCCGCCUUCUAUGGCUGUCUCUACGCUGGAUGUGUUCCUGUAAACGUCAGACCUCCGCACCCUCAGAACCUGGCAGCCACGCUGCCUACUGUCCGCAUGAUUAUUGAUGUCAGUAAAGCUGCAUGUAUCCUUACCACUCAAAGUCUCAUGAGGACUCUGCGCUCCAAAGAGGCUGCUGCCUCUGUGAACAUUAAAACGUGGCCAACAAUCAUUGACACAGAUGACCUUCCUCGCCGCCGGCCUCCACAGAUCUAUAAGCCACCUACAGCAGAGAUGAUUGCUUAUCUGGACUUCAGUGUGUCCACUACAGGCAUGCUCACUGGGGUGAAGAUCUCUCAUGCUGCAGUCAGUGCACUUUGUCGCUCUAUAAAGCUACAGUGUGAACUGUACUCCUCUCGCCAAAUAGCCAUCUGCCUGGAUCCUUACUGUGGUCUGGGUUUUGUCUUGUGGUGCCUCGCAAGUGUUUACUCAGGUCACCAGUCCAUCCUGAUUCCUCCCUUUGAACUGGAGAGCUGCUUGUCCCUGUGGCUGAGCACGCUCAGUCAGUACCGUAUCAGAGACACCUUCUGCUCCUACUCUGUGAUGGAGCUCUGCACUAAAGGACUCGGCACUCAGACUGAGUUACUCAAGGCCCGUGGUGUGAACCUCUCGUGUGUGCGGAGCUGUGUGGUGAUAGCAGAGGAGCGCCCUCGCCUCUCUCUCUCACACUCCUUCUCCAAACUGUUUAAGGACGUGGGGCUGUCGUCCAGAGCCGUCAGCACUGCUUUUGGAUCCAGGGUUAACCUGGCCAUUUGCCUGCAGGGCACCACUGGUCCUGAUCCCUGUACAGUUUAUGUGGACAUGAAGUCCCUGCGCCAUGACAGAGUGAGGCUGGUGGAGAGAGGAGCACCUCAGAGUCUUCCUCUUAUGGAGUCUGGCAAGAUACUGCCAGGUGUUCGGGUGAUUAUUGUAAAUCCAGAGACCAGAGGUCCACUGGGUGAUUCUCAUCUAGGAGAGAUCUGGGUGAACAGCCCUCACAGUGCCAGCGGCUACUACACCAUUUAUGGAGAGGAGAGUCUUCAGGCCAACCACUUUAACACCAAGCUCAGCUUUGGAGACCCACAGACCUUAUGGGCCAGGACGGGAUACUUGGGUUUUGUGAAGAGGACCGAGCUGCUGGAUGCCAGUGGGGAUCGGCAUGAUGCUCUGUUUGUGGUGGGCUCGCUGGAUGAAACCUUGGAGCUAAGAGGGUUGCGCUACCACCCAAUUGACAUUGAAACCUCAGUGUCCCGGGCUCACCGCAGUAUUGCUGAAAGUGCUGUGUUUACGUGGACCAACCUGCUGGUGGUGGUGUCAGAGCUGUGUGGUUCAGAGCAGGAUGCGCUGGACCUGGUGCCUCUGAUAACCAAUGUAGUCCUGGAGGAGCACCACCUCAUCGUGGGCGUGGUGGUCAUUGUGGACCCAGGGGUUAUACCCAUCAACUCCAGGGGAGAGAAGCAACGCAUGCACCUUCGUGACUCUUUCCUCGCUGACCAGCUGGAUCCCAUCUAUGUCGCUUACAACAUGUGAGGGGUUGAGGUGGUUUGGGCUUGUUAAGGAAUUAUCCACAGUCUGGAUGCUUCUGCAUCAUCAUCCCAGCAUCCGACUUCGGCUUUAGCAGAUGGUGAAAAGGAAAAGCAUGACCCACACGCACUGCCACCCAGCCCUGUGUGACACCAGCAUAUCUUGGCCACUGCAUGUCUGUGAUUGGACCUGCCAUGUUUGGAGUUGUUCACUGUGUUUUAUAGAUACAAUUUUGCAAAUGGGACGGAAGCAGCAUGUACUGCAUACGGCAAAGAGAAAGCGGCCCCUGUUGCACUUAUUUUGGGGAACGGGUGAAAUGACACAUACAACAGGACCACUUUUAAAAUUAAUUGUAUAUUCAUCUCUUCGUGAAAAUCCAUCUUAUUCUGUACCUACCUACCACAAACCUCUUAAAACACUUCCCUUGUGUAUCAACACAGUUUCCAAGAGCUACUAAACUUCGAUCAACAACUUGAAAUAUUUUUACAUUGCAGCUUUUCAAACAAACGCACACAAAUGCAUGCGCUGAGUCAUUUCUCACUAACAUGGAUGAAUAAAAGAGGGCAGAAGAAAGCAAACCAUUAAACACGUAGCCAGUGUGUGUGCAAAAUUUUAGAAAGCAUAUUUUGUCCCAUGAAAAUGAAGCCAAAUAGAUUUUCACAACUUUUCUGCCCUAAUAUAUUUCCUGCCUUAUAAAACUUCAGCCAUACAUUCCUAUCCUAAUUUUUAACAAAUCUGUUAUUAAUAGCAGUUUAUUCCCUUUUGGUUUUGACUAGUAGUGGGAAACCUGACAGAUAUCCAAAGGGAUCAAAAUAAAAGAGGAAAGAGGCCAUAUUCUGUACUGUACCUAUAAAGGCCUGUUGUAUUUUAGAUACUGUACGUUACUGUAUAGAUAUUUUUAACUGUAUAAAUGUAUAAAUGCUUGACUUGUCUCUCUCAGUUGGUAGUUUCUGAACAGUUAACCCAGCUUGGAGAUGAUAACUGUAGCAGAAAGAAUAUUGUAAAUAAGAUUUAACAGUUUUGACAGUACUUUUGAAGUGAAAUAUUAGUUGUAUAAUGGAGGGUAAAGAUGAAUAACUUUAAAGCAUUGUUAGUCAGGAUAGAUAUAACAUUGCACUUUCUCAAAAAAAAUGGUCUAUUUUAUUAUAACAAUGAGGCAUUAUAAGUAAUGGUUCAGGAGCAUACAUUAUUCUGCAGAGCUUUGAGAGUUUACCGGGAGGGCUAUCACUGUUUAUGCCAGGGACUUUUCCUGUCAGUCAGUUGGGGGGAAAAAGGAGAGGAGGCUAAAACCAAUAUGAUGACUGUUUUCAGGCUACCAGGUUAUUUUGUAAAAAGGUGAAAGAUAGUCCACAACUGUUCAUCUAAUACCCAUCGCCAUUGUACUUUGUAUUGCUAAACAGUCACACCCCUCUCUCAGUUUCAUUGCAUAAUAGAGCAAGUGUUUGAGAGUCUGGCCCUUUCCUUUCCUCUCCACACUCAAAAAGUUCACUCGAAACUGUGUUUUGUCUUUGUGCAACUUUGUAAAGAAUUACUUUGAAUUCCAACAGGAUUGUUGUUGGUACUGUAAGUCUGUAGUCAAUAGAGGCAAGUCAUCAUGUAUCUGGAUUAUUUUCUGUGUUCAGUCACUGGAUUUAUAAGCACUUGUGAAUGCAGUUGCAAAGCUGAGCCACAUCCUGAGAAACAUCCUUGAUUGGCAAGUGAAGUAAUUGUAUGAAAAAGAAAAGGAUAAAAAAAAUUGCAUCAAGAUGUUAUUUGCAAAAUGUAUUUGGUUUUCAGCUAUCUUGUGCUUUCCUUGUGCUCCUUGCCAUAAUUUAUAGGUUAUUUGUACUGGAUGAUACUGUAUUUCAGUGAUGAACCCUUAAUGUCAACAUGUAAAUAGUGUUUUUUUUUUUUUUACUUUUGCAAUUGUCCCAUUAUAACAUU